CGGCGGCGAGGGCGGUGCUUCCGGGCGGGCCGCCGGGCCGAGGGAGGAGGGUCUGACAGUUGGCGCCGCCGGCCGGGCGGGCGGCGCGAGGGGGCGCGGGCCCUGCGGGGCAGGUGGCUGUGAGGAGUGACUGAGAUGUGGAUAUAGUCAGUGCCCGGCACAUAAACAUUCGACAGGAGCUGCCACACAGGCACUGGAAUCAGGGAGAACUGGUUUUUGAAUCCUGAUGGCGACCCCGAGGCUGGACUGGUGAAGCUGCUUGCCAAGGCCACCUAGCUAGCUCCAGGGAGCAGCCUCAGGGCCAGGGAGACAAUGGUCUCGGUGACUAUGGCCACUUCUGAGUGGAUCCAGUUCUUUAAGGAAGCCGGCAUUCCUCCGGGACCUGCAGUCAAUUAUGCUGUGAUGUUUGUGGAUAACAGGAUCCAGAAGAGCAUGCUGCUGGAUCUCAACAAGGAAAUCAUGAACGAGCUGGGCGUGACUGUGGUGGGUGACAUCAUCGCCAUCCUUAAGCAUGCUAAGGUGGUGCACCGCCAGGACAUGUGCAAAGCUGCCACUGAGUCGGUGCCCUGCAGCCCCAGCCCCCUCCCUGGCGAGGUUCGCCGAGGCGCCUGCAGCGCCGCCUCCCGAAUGAUCGCCAACAGCCUGAACCGUGACUCCCCACCCGGCACUCCCCCCAGGCGGCCAGACACCGGCACCUCCAAGAUCUCCGUCACCGUGUCCAACAAGAUGGCAGCAAAGAGUGCCAAGGCUGCCGCUGCCCUGGCCCGCCGGGAGGAGGAGAGCCUGGCCGUUCCCACCAAGCGGCGUCGGGUCACUGCCGAGAUGGAGGGGAAAUACAUCAUCAACAUGCCCAAAGGCACCACGCCCCGGACCCGCAAGAUCCUGGAGCAGCAGCAGGCAGCGAAAGGUGUUCACAGGACGUCUGUGUUUGACCGCCUCGGCGCUGAGACCAAGGCCGACACGACGACGGGGAAUAAACCCACAGGAGUCUUCAGCCGCCUGGGGGCCACCCCAGAGAUGGAUGAGGAUCUGGCUUGGGACAGUGACAACGACAGCAGUAGCAGCUCCGUCCUGCAGUAUGCCGGGGUCCUGAAGAAGCUAGGCCGGGGCCCAGCCAAGGCCAGUGCGCAGCCGGCGCUGACUGUCAAAGCCAAGGCCACGAGCUCGGCGCCCACGGCUGCUGCCCCAACGCUGCGGCGCCUGGCCCUCGCCUCACGCCCCGGGCUCGAGAGGAAGCCGGAGUCCCUGUCCAAAGUCAGCAUCAUCCAGAGACUGGGCAAGGCGGCCCUCGUGCCCGAGGCCCAGGACAGCCAGGUCACGAGCACCAAGAGCCCGACUGUGCGCUGCGUCCUGCCUGACCCUCCAGCACUGCCGGCCUCCCCGCGGGCCCCGCGUCGACGGUGGCGUCGAGCCUGUUGAGACUGUUAGCCGCCCUCACUCCCAGGCUGAAGGGACCGCCCCACGCCCUGGGCUGCAGCAGGGGCACCUCCAUUUUCCUGCCCCGGCAUCUUUUUCUCUGAAAGUCUGUGGCAGGGGGUGGGCAAGGGGCACUGGGGAGGGAGGCCAGUGCUGGAAGAGAAGAGAACGGCUGUUUUAAUAUAUUUUUGUGACUUUCCGACUGUUUCCCUCCCCUCCUUCAGGGUGAGUCACAGGAUUGUUUUUCACACCCAGCACGAUGCGGGUGGGGGUGCCAGUGGGGGCCGGGCUGUGUCUAGAGGUCAGGCUUCCCGCACACACGUGGGCCAUGUCCUCUCGGCAGGCCCCGGGUCAAAGGAGUGAUGGUCACAGUCACUCUUCGGGUGGGCCUCCUCCUCCCCUCAGCGACCUGGCGGAUCUGUCCCUGCCCUCCCCCCUCCCCUGUGGAUUUCCCCGGUUCCUGCCGCUCUGCUUGGCGGCUGCCUUCCAAACGGCAGGCUCCGUCUGUGAGGCCGUGCGUUCCUGUGGCCUUGGUCAUUCGCCUUCUCUCUGCCAUGCAGCCUCUGCCCCGUGCCAGGCCUGUUCUAGGAGCUGGGGCUCCCCCCGUGAGCAGGGCGGCCGAGCCCCGGCCCGCGGGCGUACGGUGAUCACGCUGUCCAGAGAAUCCGAGGGAUGGGCGAGAGUGACCAGGGCCUCUUUCGAUGUUGGGGGUAAGAGGCCUUUCAGAGGAGGUGACAUGUGGGCUGAGCUGGGGAUGGAAAGAAGUGACUCAGGGAAGUUCGGGAAGAGAGCAUCAGCCAGAGGAAACAGCCAGGCAAAGGCCCCGAGGCGGGACAAGGACCACAGAGGGAGGCCAUGGUGGCUGGCGAGCAAAGGAGGGGCCUGCCAUCCAGCGCAGGUCGGGGCUGGUGGGCAGGAACCAGAUGACCUGGGGCUGUGUGAUCCAGGGUGGGGAAUUCAGAUACCGUCCUGGGAGCUCGAGGGGCUGGGGAGCAUUUGGAGCAGGCAAGGAUGAUCUGAGGGGCCUUUGAUGAAGAGGGCUUUGGCCGCUGUGAGGAGGAUAAACUGUGGGCAGGGCAGGGGUGGGAGCGGGGAGGCAGCUGCUGCCGUCGCCUGGGCAAGAAACGAAAUCCCAGGUGCACAGGGAGGUGGUGGCGGCCCAGAGGAGAGAAGUGGGUGGGCCUAGGUGUGCAGAGGAGGAGCAGGCUGAGCUGAUGGGUUGGAAGUGGGGCGAGGGGUGAGUGGGAAUCUCGGAUCACACCCACCUGGGCACCUUGGGCAUCUAGAGGAAGGUGCCGUUUGUGGAGAUGGGAGGCAGGGAGUGAGGAGUGGGCGGGGCAGGAGGGCGUCGGCUCUCACCAGGUUGACUGAGAGGUAAGCAGGCCACUGGGCUCGGGGCCACCUGGGCUGGAGGGCGGCAGCAGCAGCAGCGGGUGUGCUCAGGUGUGUUCAGAGCCAAGGCCUGGCCACACCCGCUGGAAAGGAGCAGAGAGAGGAGAGGACCCAGAGGGAAAUUGGGGGCCCUUUUCCCUUUCAGAGAACAGGAUCUGAUGAGAUUACCAGGAGUGGUCAGGGGGGUUUGGAGGGAAAGUUAAAGCAGGUGAAGAUGAGAUUAGACCUCAUCCUUUUAAUUUUAUUGUAGUAAAAUGUACAUAACAUAAAAGUUACCAUUUUAACCGUU